AUGAGUUCCUUCGCGAACAAUGCCGGGAGCUACCGAAACAGGUCGCUGGGGGCGUCGGCCAAAUGCCAAAACAUAAGCUACAAGGUGAGCUCGGUGGAGAACGGGCCCUCCAUCUUCUGCACCCUGUGCGCCCUACCGUACAAUGCCAAAAUUAGACUGAACCCCUGCUUCCAUGUGCUCUGUAGCAAGUGUUACGAGCUGUCUGCACAACAGCAAAGCUGUCCGCUGUGCAAUGCCGAAAUAAACGACGUGGAGUUCCUUUUCAUCGGUGAAAAUAUCUUUGUCUGUCCUUAUGAUGACUGCAAAAAGGGCUUCCUCAAUUUGAAGUGUUUCCAUUACCACAUUCAUUUCAAGCACCAAUUUUUAAAGUCAACCGGACGCUACACCGAGGAUGGCAGCGGUAGCAUCUCCGAUCAUCAGAAAACAAGAGGAGAUGUCUUUCCCCCUGCAAGCAGUGAUCCUUUUUCUACCUCCUUUUUUGCAAACAGCGAUGGGGACGAUCAGGAAUAUAAUCAUGACGCUGGAAAGAAUGAUCCAAGUGGAAACUCGUCCAUUAUCAGCAUGAGUCGUGCCAUCGGUGUGAAUGCCUCACGUGGGGGAGCCCUUCCCCCUCUGGCAAUGGAAACUCCCUUCAACGUGUACAACAACGUUCACAGUAACCCAAUUAACAAUUUCGCAGCGGACAGCAGAAAGUUAAGUUUACAAAAUAUGGUCCUUGGUGGAGGUGCCAUCAGCACGAGCGAGAAGAAUACUUCUUCGGGGAGCUUUUCCACCUCCAUGCCAUUCACAGGCAAGUGGGAUUAUAGCAAUGUCCCUUUCAAAUCAGAUUUUAAUGCAUUUAAUGUGCCUCCUAGCAGUGAUCCUCCCCCCAGCAACAACCCCCUUGGGCCCAGUGGGAAGGAGAACCCAGAGGAUGACUACGACAAUUUGGAGGAUCUCAUGUGA